GCAGCCUGAUGCGUGGCGACCACUGGCGCGUGCUGGGUCGCAGCGUUUUGGUGCGCCAGGGGCAGAGUCUGAAUAGCGAAGCCGCCGACCGUCUUUGCCAUGGCGCAAUACUGCUGGAAUUGGAUCUGGUGGGCGAGCGCCUGCAGUUCAAGAAGCUUCAAGGUGAGGGCCCAGAGACCGGAUGGUUGAGUAUACGAGUGAAAGACAAAGAGCUGCUGGCAAGAAUAGCUGCCAAAGACAUCAACCAAGAUCCUGCGGGAAAGCUUCCCCCUGUGGUGGGCCCGCGGCUUUGGGCCAUGUCUGAUAUCCACACAGACAAGAAGGAGAACAUGCAGUGGGUCUUAGACUUGGACCCCCGAGAGUUCCAAGAGGACGUUCUGAUCCUGGCUGGCGAUAUCGCAAACACCAUGGAGGUGCUACAAGAGACGCUGCUGCUGUUGAAGUCUCGCUUCGGUCGCAUCUUCUUUUGUCCAGGCAACCACGACCUGUGGAUGCAGGGCUGGAAGAAUGGCAACUCUCUGGACAAGCUGAAGGCCAUCCUGAAGUUUUGCAAAUCGAAGGGGAUUGAAACUGCGCCAGGUGUUGUGAACACAGGUGUUGGACCCCUCUUGGUGGUGCCAAUCUUCGCAUGGCAUCAUCCGCAGUGGGAUACUGAGCCAGAGUUGGAGGAGUGGAACGUGCCACCGCUGGAGAAGACAAUUGUGGAUUAUUGGGCCACCAAGUGGCCCGCAGAUCUUCGCAUCGACGAUGGAUCUGUAGCUGAAGAGCUAGAUAAGCUCAAUGCAUCAGGUUUUGCAGAGGCCUUGAAGCGCCGGGACGAAUUUCAUGGCGUUGUGUCCUUCUCCCACUUCGUGCCGCGACUGGAGGUGAACCCAGAGAAGCGAUAUUUGAUCCCAUCAUCUUUGGCCAAGGCCGUGGGCUCAUUGCAUUUGAAGAAACGGGUCGAAGAGUUGAAGCCAGACGUCCACAUCUUCGGACAUACUCAUUUCGGUUAUGACAUGGACGUGGAUGGCAUUCGGUACCUUCAAGCUGCUCUUGGCACGCCUGCGGAACGAACGUGGGGCGGCUCCAUUGUGACGUUGGGGGACUUUCCUCAAGAAAGAAGGCCCUGCCUGGUUUGGUCCGGCGCCUGGUCCAUGCGCCAUCGCAGCGCCUGGACCCAGUACUACCAGCGUUACGGACGGCGGGCAGAGGUCACCGAGCUGGUCCCGUCGGUCUGCUGCAACCUCUACACGCCCAAAGUCACCGCGGGCGCACGGGCACGCAGCGGAUGGAUCAAAGGUAGGAUGCCCAUUUGGCUCUUUGGGCCAUUGGAGACACGGCUUCAAGAAGCUCAGAUGGUCACCCGAGAGGUAAAUGAGAUCACUGGAUGGGAUGUUCGUGGCAAGAAUGUGAAAGCGCUGGAAAAGCUGCCGAGAAGCUCGCAGGGAGAGCCACGAUCUGUAGAAGCAAGCCAGGCAAUUGGUUGGCACAAGGAAGCCUCCUACACCUUCAUCGAUGUGCGAAAUCAAGGCAAUGGCUGCAUUCCUGGUGCAAUUUCACUACCUCAUCCAGAGGCAACAGAAACACUGGCAUCUUUGGAAGAUGAUGAAGUGCUUCGACUUUGCGAGCAAUUGAACGCCAAGGGAGGUCACAUGCUGAUCAUCGGCGAUUCCGCGAAAUGCUCCUGGGACGCGGCUAUGCUCCUAGCUGGCUACUUUCGCAUGUGGCCCUCUGAGAUGAAACUUGGCCUGAAACUGACAGAACCGGGAUAUAUUUUGGAGGAUUUACUAUGA